AUGGCCUUUAAUCCUCAUAACGUUUUCUUACGAAAUUUUACCAUUGCUACAAAUACAGAAAUUAAAAACUUAUUGAAUGAGAUGUGUCCUAGGAACAAUGAUAAUACAGAUUAUUCUGUUAAUUCGCCGAAUGCAGGAGUCGUAUUAAACCAAGGCGAUGUACUUUCAUGUUCUUGGACAGUUAACUCAGAAACUGAUAAAAGUAUCUAUGUAAAUUUAACACAUGGAGAUCCUCAAAAUUUACAACAAGUUAUGGUAUUAUGUUCAAAUCUUGAUCCAAAAGUCGGAACGUGUAAUUAUACCGUACCCAAUAAUCUUAAUUCGGGACGUGAUUAUGCUGUGAUGGUCGGAAAUGAUCCCAACCACAUAGGGAUUUCGAGCUAUUUCGCCAUAAAUUGUAUUGGACCCCUUCCACCACCAUCAGGAUGUCCAAACUUUGGAGGUCAUGACUGUCCUCAAUCAUUACCAUGUUGCAGUGCUGGCGGUUUCUGCGGAGCCACAGAUGAACAUUGCGGAACUGGUUGUGAUCCAACACAUAGUUUCAGUGGUCAGUGUAGUAAACCUGAUCAAUCAUCUCCUCCUACAACUAGUGCUAUCCCUUCUCCAACCGAUAACACUUGUGGUGAUGUUAAAUGUACGGCAGAUUUUCCAUGUUGUAGUGCAUUCAAGUUUUGUGGAAAUGAUAAUGAUCAUUGCGGAGAAGGUUGCGUUUCAUCGAGCAGCUUCAACGGCCAAUGUGUCAUUCCUGGACAAUAA